AUGAUACCACAUGAAAUUCCCAAUUUACCUUGGUAUAAAGUUGCGACAGAUUUAUUUGAGGUUAACAAAAAUGUAUAUUUAUUAAUUGUAGAUUACUAUUCCAACUUUUUUGAAAUCUCCAAACUACCAGAUACUCGAAGUCAGACAGUGAUCAGUUACAUGAAAUCUCAUUUUGCAAGAUACAGUAUACCAUUAAUAGUGAUAUCUGAUAAUGGACCUCAGUUUGCAAGUAAAGAAUUUGCAAACAAAUACCAAUUUAAACAUAUAACAAGCAGUCCAUACCAUCCACAGUCGAACGGAUUAGCAGAGCGUUCAGUACAAACGGCGAAGAAAUUGUUAAAGAAAGCUCAAGCAGAUCAUGCUGAUCCUUAUUUAGCAUUGUUAGCUCAUAGGAACACUCCAACUAAUGAGAUGCUAGGAUCACCAGCUCAACGACUUAUGAGUAGAAGAACAAGAACGAUUCUUCCUACAUCUGAAGAAUUACUUAAGCCUCAACUUGUGAAAAAUGUAAAAGAAAAAAAUCAACCAAGAAAGAACUAA